AAUAUACGGAGACCACGUAAUUUACAUGCCUCUAGGUGGUUAAAGAUUUAUAAUAAUCUUUGCUGCUGACGUGAAUGUGUAUGAUUUUCAUAAAAAUCACCACUGGAUUAUAAAUCCUGUUAGGAGACCAUUUAUUGAAUGAUCCUGUUAAAUUUUCGAAGAACGAAAAUGCAUCCAUAGGGCUAUUUUGAUACCUGUGAAUGUAAAAGGCUCUGCGUUAGAAAAGAAUUGGAGCGACUGACGGGUUUUGCAGGUAUAACUCUUUUAAUCAUGGCACAGUGGAAAAAAGACACUCCUUUGAUAUCCUUGGUUACUCUAGGAAUUCUGAUGAUCUGUCUGCUGCCGUCUGGCAAAGGCCUGUCACCAAAACAUGCCCCUGAAGUGCUUGAUUACAGCAAGGACAAUAUUACGAUAUUCACCAGGAUCCUGGACAGACUGUUAGAUGGAUAUGAUAACCGACUAAGGCCUGGACUUGGGGAUUCAGUGACAGAAGUAAAGACAGAUAUUUAUGUCACCAGCUUUGGUCCUGUGUCUGACACAGAUAUGGAGUACACUGUAGAUGUUUUCUUCAGGCAAAGCUGGCUGGAUGAAAGGUUAAAAUUUAAUGGACCCAUGAAGACACUGCCCCUCAAUAACCUACUUGCCAGCAAGAUCUGGACCCCAGAUACCUUCUUUCACAAUGGAAAAAAAUCAGUAGCCCACAAUAUGACAACGCCAAACAAGCUUUUGAGGCUCAUUGACAAUGGAACCCUUCUCUACACAAUGAGGCUUACGAUCCAUGCUGAGUGCACAAUGCAUCUUGAGGAUUUCCCAAUGGAUCUUCAUGCUUGUCCGCUGAAAUUUGGAAGUUAUGCAUAUCCAAAGACAGAAGUUAUUUAUUCUUGGACUAAUGGCUCUGAUAAAUCUGUUGCUGUUGCCCCUGAUGGCUCCCGCCUCAAUCAAUACGACCUGCUAGGCUUAGUGGUGGGAACGGAGACAAUUCGUUCAAGCACAGGUGAAUACAUUGUCAUGACAACACACUUCCACCUGAAGCGUAAGAUUGGAUACUUUGUAAUUCAGACAUACCUCCCAUGUAUAAUGACUGUAAUCCUGUCACAAGUAUCCUUCUGGCUAAAUCGUGAGUCUGUUCCUGCCAGAACUGUGUUUGGAGUCACUACUGUCCUGACAAUGACCACCCUCAGCAUCAGUGCCAGAAACUCUCUUCCAAAGGUUGCCUAUGCAACAGCUAUGGACUGGUUUAUGGCAGUGUGCUAUGCUUUUGUCUUCUCUGCCCUAAUUGAGUUUGCCACCGUAAAUUAUUUUACCAAGAGGGGAUGGGCCUGGGAUGGCAAGAGAUUUCAGGAUGGUCAAGCUUUCAAGAAAAAAGACCCCAUAAUGUUGUCCAAGAAGACAAACAAUUCUUACAACAUUGUAGGAGCAACAUAUACACUGAAUAUUAAGGAACCAGCUCUCACUACUAUUGCUAAGAACGCAACACUUCCUCAACAGCCCCUCUCUUUGCCACACCCUGAACUUAAUCUGGAAGGCAAGAAGACUUAUAACAGUGUUAGCCGCAUAGACAAGAUCUCUCGCAUCAUUUUCCCUGUAUUGUUUGCUAUUUUUAAUUUGGUAUACUGGGCUACAUAUGUGAACAGAGAGUCUGCAAUCAAGGGCAUGAUUCCUAAAUAAUUGCCAGUUUGUUAUCUGUCUCUGGUAAGGAACUGUGUGGGACAACCUAUUUCUUUCUGUACAAUUUAAAAGGCUCUUUUUGUGAGAGAACUUUUUUAUCUGAAUUUGCUCACUGUGACACGUCUAUCUGAAGAGGUGGUUGUCUAUUUCGUAUGUGAAUUUUAUGUUUUAAAAUUGAUGUUUUGCUAUUGUUAUUCCCAUUACUGUGAACAUUCCUGUUUGUAAUUCUGAGUUCAUGUACGUAUUAAGGUAUGUGCAUAAGAAUCUCUAAUGUAAGUGUAUUUAUAAGAACAUUCUCUUUUCCCCUCUGUAUUUCAAUGUGAACAGUAUGUUUUAAUAAAAUUAUAAUUUGUGCUAUCCUCGCUAUUAAAAAUUUAAAAAAUCUGGAAUUUGGUCCAGUCCAGCAAAAUACUUGGCGGCACCUCACACAAACAAAACACACCACACAAUGGAGGUGGAUACAAAUUAUAAAAAUAAUGAUCCUCGGAU